AUGGACGACUGUUACUUCUUUCUCUACUCCUCCUGCAAAUUCAAAGACAGAUGCACAUAUAGACACAACGAGAGCUGCAGAAACAACUUGAUUACAUGUAGAAACUGGGUGUCUAAGAUUCCAUGCAGCGACGACUGCCCUUACCGCCACUCGAAGUUUCAUCUCAAGAAGAAUAGGCGCGAGGAGAUGUGCUACUGGGAGGAUAAGCCCAGUGGAUGCACCAAGGAUAGAUGCGAGUACAGACAUGCGAAUCCUCUGAAGGACGCAUGGAAGGGUAUGCCUCUGCCUGGAGAAAUGGAAAGGUCUGGACCCAGCACCUCUGCACCCCCAGUAUCUGAUCUGCAUGCCCCUGAGGAUACUAGACUGAAGGAUUACGAGGAGGUGAUGGACGCUCAAGAUCAGAUUACGGAACCCAGAGCUGAUGGACCUUUCGCUGAUGCAGAGCCCAUGGAAGAGGCGGUAACGGAAAGAUUGGAUACAAAGGAAAACUCCGGCUUAGUGGACAAAAAGAAAGGCGAAGGUACAGAUGACCGUAAAAAGAUAGAGUCGCAUGGCAAUGUUCUGGAAAAGUAUCCUGUUGAGGAUGCACAGAAACUCCAAAACAAAAGGGUCAAGGCUGAGAAGCCUCCCUCUAGUAUAAGUGGAGCAGGUGUGGAUCUGGAAGAUCUUGACAAGGAGAUUGAGGAGCUGGACAGCAUUUUGAUGAAAUAG